CGGCGUAACGAGUUCUGACCGCCGAUCCAGCUGCAGCUGCCCGCGAUGCAUAACCACGAUUUAGGAUAUCUUAAAUCGUUUGAAUAAUAACCGUGUUAACCUGUUCGUUAUAAUCGUGGUUAAAUUAUGGUUACCGUCAAUAACCAUUAUCAUUAAUAUUUAUUAUAUAUUUUUGUUUGGUCAUUUUCCAAUUUCUUGUCGUUUCGCUUCGCCUUCUCGUGUCACGUUGUUUGUGAUUCAUCAUGCUCCCUCAAGCAAGGAUUUCCUCGGACGCGAGAUUUCAAUGGGUUGUCGCUCCGAAUUAUUUCGAUAGAAUUGACAGUGAUUCGGAUGAUUCUGACGAAGACGAGAACAAUGAACCGAGUGAGAAAAAAAUGCGUAAGACUCAACAGCGUGAAGAACAAAAACAACAAGAACUAAAAAUUAGAAAACUUAGAGAAGAUUUAAUUCAAAUUGAAAUAGAUCCACAAAAUCCUGAUCACUUUGAACGAUUAUUGUUGUCUAAUCCCAACAGCGCGAUAACUUGGAUUAGAUACAUGGCUUGCUAUAUACAAGCUAAAGAUGUGGAAAAAGCAAGGGCAACAGCAAAAAGAGCAUUGACUAUAAUUGAUGCUAGAGAAGAGCAAGAAAAAAUAAGUAUUUGGACUUCACUUUUAAUUUUGGAAGAAUUAUAUGGCACCAAGGAAUCAUUUAAACAAACAAUGGAUGAAGCAUUACGUUCAAAUAAUGAAUAUUAUAUUUAUAUGAAAAUAUUGGAAAUGUUUACAGAUUCUAAAAGAUUAAAAGGACUAGAUAAAUUAAUUGCAAAAAUAAAUAGAAAGUUUAGUGAUUCUAUUGAGGCUUAUAUACAUUGCGCUACUGUGUACUUCAAAAAAAAUAAAUCUGGCAAAGCGAGAUUUAUUUUACAAAAAGCAUUAUCAACUCUUCCAACCGAAUCACAUGUCUCUAUGAUAAGUCAAUUUGCUUUGGUGGAAAAUAGUAAUGGAUCGCCAGAAGAAGCACAAACACUUUUUGAACAUGUCUUAACUUGCUAUCCUUCACGUAUUGAUAUAUGGAGUGUAUAUAUAGAUAUGUUGAUAAAGUCUAACAGAAUAGAUUUGGCAAGAUGUGCAUUAGAAAAAGCAGCAAUACAAAAAUUAUCACCAAAAAAGAUGAAAAGUUUGUUUAAUAAGUGGUUAAUGUUAGAAGAAAAGUAUGGGACUUCUGAAUCUAUAGAUAAGGUUAAGGAAUGCAUGAACAGUUAUUUUGAUUAAAUUUAAAAAAACAAUAAAUAAUCUUAAACAGUUAAUAAUAACAAUAAUCUUGAACAGUUAAUAAUAAAAACAAUAUUUUAAGAAUUAA